AACUCCAACUAUUGCUCAGAAACCUACAGAGACUUGCAACACAACACAAUGUAUCCAUCCACACUCUCUUUAUUUCAUCUGCUUCUUCUCAUCACCUCAUUUCUCUCUACCCCUUCUGUCUCCACCAAUCAACAUGCAACAAAAAUCAAGAAUCUCACACAACCAAUCACAAACAUGGAACCCCAUGAACUAGAAACUCUUUACAAGAUUAUGGAAUCCAUGUCAAAUGACCAAAACUGGAGAACCACACAUCAAAAUCCAUGUCAACAAGGCUCAUCUUGGCUUGGACUUGAAUGCAAAAAAACCAAUCUUGAUGACAACGUUUUCCAUGUCACUAGGCUUGAUUUUGGCACAAAACCAAACCCCACAUGCAAAAAAACAGCAACUUUCCCUUCACUAAUCUUUCAACUCCCAAAUCUUGAAUCUGUUUUCUUCAUCCAAUGCUUCACACGCACAAAAACAAAAAUCUCUUUUCAAGAAACCAGAGUUGUUGGCUCUUCAGUACUACAGCAGCUCAGUUUAAGAUCAAAUCCAGCACUUAUUGGCACAAUUCCACCUCAAAUUUUAUCACUGAAGUCACUUCAAAUCCUCACGUUGUCACAAAACAAUCUUCUUGGACAAAUCCCAGUAGAGAUUUUCAGCCUGAGCUCACUUGUUCAUCUUGAUUUGAGCUACAACAAGCUUACAGGCAAAAUUCCAGACCAAAUUGGCAAUCUGAAGAAUCUUGUUGGCCUAGAUUUGAGCUACAAUUCAUUCACUGGUCAAAUCCCAAACACAAUUGGUCAACUUGGUACUCUUCAAAAACUUGACUUGAGCUCAAAUAUGUUCACAGGAAAAAUUCCAGACACAAUUGAAACCUUACAUUCUUUAAAUUUCUUGGCUUUGAGUAACAACAAAUUAAGUGGGAAUUUUCCGAAAGGGCUAGAUAAGCUACAAGGGUUGCAGUAUUUUCUUAUGGAUGAUAAUCCAAUGUUUGUAACACUGCCUAAGGAAUUUAGUCAGUUACAAAAACUUCAAGAACUUAGGCUUGCAGGGUCCGGUUACUCGGGGGAAAUACCACCAGGUUAUUCGCGACUUAUGAAUUUAACCACAUUGUCACUGCAGAAUAACCGAUUAACGGGUGAAAUCCCUGUUGGAUUUUCGGGUUUUUCACAUAUGUACCACUUAAAUUUGAGCAGGAAUUAUUUGGCUGGUGUUGUACCAUUUAAUUCAAGUUUCUUGAAAAGGCUAGGGAGGAAUUUGGACUUAAGUGGAAAUCCAGGGCUGUGUUUGAGUGAAGCUAAUGGAGUUCAUCUUGGAGUUAAUGUGUGUGGGAACAAGAAUAGUACUAAUUCUAUAACUAUGCCAUUGAAGAAUAAAUCUGAAGCUCCAUGUGGAUUAAUUAGAUCAUUGUUUGUUAUUUGUGCUUUGUGUAUUACUGUGGGUUUGUAUCCUUUAUUGCAGUUUGUUUAGGAAUAUUUUUAGGCUUGGUUGUAUUAUUGAUUCUUUCUAGCAAAGGUAUCUCCCAAAAUGUCCUUGUGUGUACAUUUAAGUACUAAUAUAAUUAUUUUCUUACUGA